AUGCAGACGCUCCCGCUCCCGCAGCCCCAGUCGAGGAUAGACACCCCAGAGCGCACCGUGCCGUCGUCGUCCAUGCCGUCGGGGUCCCUGUCGCCGCUGCCACCCUCGUCCCGCACGCACAGUCCGACGGAGUACUCGCCGCGCUCGAGCGGGUCUCUCGCAACGCCCGAGUUCCCCAGCGACGCGUACGGCAGCAGCCCCAGCACGCGCUCGUUCCCGUACAUCCCCUCGCACGACCGCGGCGUGCCUGCGCUCCUCCCGGGCGACGUUAGCAGCAGCUCGUACGACGACCCGGGCUUCUACGACUCCUUCUCGUACUCGUCCGGCUCUACCGCGUCCACGCCCUUGAUCACGACGCCCUCGUGCCCCGACUCGCAUCCGGCAUUCGGCGCAGACCAGGAGAAGGCGUUCCUGUCGUACGCGUCCUUCCCGCCGUCGGAUGUUCUUGGCCCACCGGGCGUACGCGGUGACUUCGCGGGGCUCGACACCGCACCCCUGCCGUCGUUCGGCUACGAUGCGUUGAGCCAGAGGCACCACUCGCCCAGCCUAUCUCCCGAAGCAUACCUCUGA